AUGCCCGCACCAACUGCUCUUCUGAAGAAGCCAGGGGAGGCGGCGGAAGCCGAAAGCCCCGCCUCUGCGCCCCCCGUGCAAGAUGGCGACGACGUCUUGAUCGAUCCAACGACAACUGCUCCAAAGGAGGCAGCAGAAUCAGCACCGGAACCAGAUGCUGGCGAAGAAAGUGCCAUGCAAAUUGACGAGGAAGGCCGACCACUCUUUACCCCCGUGAAGGAGAUCCCCAGCGCAUACCGAGUGCAAACACGGAAAGUGCCAGUACCACCGCAUCGGAUGAGUCCACUGAAAACAUUCUGGCCAAAAAUCUAUCCUCCUCUUGUCGAGCAUCUAAAGUUACAAGUGAGAAUGAAUGUCAAGAAUCGCGCAGUCGAGUUGAGAACCUCGAAGUUUACUACAGAUCCAGGAGCUUUGCAAAAGGGAGAAGACUUUGUGAAAGCCUUUACUCUUGGCUUCGAUUGCGAGGAUGCCUUGGCCCUCCUGAGGCUUGAUGAUAUGUACAUUGAAACUUUUGAGAUAAAAGACGUCAAGACAUUGAAUGGAGAGCACCUGAGCCGAGCGAUUGGACGGAUCGCAGGCAAAGACGGGAAGACCAAGUUUGCCAUUGAGAAUGCCAGUCGGACCAGGAUCGUUCUCGCCGAUCAGAAGAUCCACAUUCUUGGUGGGUUCAAGAAUAUCCACAUUGCAAGAGAGGCCAUUGUCAGUUUGAUCUUAGGUAGCCCUCCGGGCAAAGUAUACGGCAAUCUUCGUACCGUUGCCUCUCGGAUGAAAGAACGAUUCUGA